AGAUGUGUCACUUUAACUAUGUCAUUUUAACAGAUCGUGUUGAAUAAAAUAAUAAUUUUAUUCUAUUUUAAUGAACAAUAAAGUUAAUUGUUUGAAUAUAAAACGUAAAAUUAUUUCGGAUAUUUGAUUUUAUAAAUAGUAGAUAAAAUCAAACACAAUUAACAUAAAAAUGUCGAAGAUUGAGGAAGGUAACGCGCAUUUGCGAGCUGCUGAAAAAAGUCUUAAAACAGGCUUAUUGAAAUGGAAACCAGAUUAUGAAUUAGCAGCUGAUGAAUAUAAUCAAGCAGCUACCUGCUUUAGGAUUGCAAAAUCAUAUAAGCACUGUAAAGAUGCCCUGCUAAAAGCUGCUGAUUGCUACAAGGAAAGUCGAUCAUGGUUUCAUGCUGCAAAAAGUUUAGAACAAGCUUUAUUAAUAUUGCGAGAUAUGGGAGAUUUCACAGAAAUUCCAAAUCUAGCACAUAGGUCAUGUUCUUUAUAUCAACAACAUGGAUCACAAGAAUCCGGAGCUACUGUUCUUGACAAAGCUGGAAAAAUGCUCGAAUCAACAGAUCCCGAAGCAGCACUACCACUAUUUCAAAGAGCUGCAGAAAUCGUUAUUGGAGAGGACAGUCCUAGACAAGCUGCCGAGUACCUAAGUAAAGCAGCACGAAUUUUAGUCAAAUUAAAAAUGUAUGAUGAAGCUGCGAAUGCAAUUAGACGAGAAAUAGGAAUGCACCAACGUAUCGAACAUACUCCUUCUGUUGGACGAUUAGCUGUAGUUUUGGUGCUUAUUCAAUUAGCAAGAGGAGAUCAAGUUGCAGCUGAAAAAGCAUUCAGAGAGUGGGGAAAUUAUUGUGAUGCACCUGAAAUUCAAACAUUAGAGAUGCUCUUACAAGCAUACGAUAACGAAGAUGCUAAUGCAGCUAGGGUUGCUUUAAAUAGUCCAUUCAUUAAGCAUAUGGAUGUUGAAUAUGCAAAAUUGGCCCGAGGAUUGCCAUUACCACAACAAGAAUAUGCUGUACCACCUGCAGGUGUUCGGGCAAAUGCUGCACAACCUUAUGUAUCUCCUAGUUUAGAAAAGUCUCGAGAAGAAACCGUGGAAGCAGAAGUCAGUCAAGUACAUGAAAAGAAAGUUGAGUCGAUUGAAGAAAUGCUCUCCAAAACAAAAAUAUCAAAUAAAUCUUCACAAGAUUUGCCAGAAACACCACCAGAGGAAGAAAGUGAAGAAAAAAAAACUGAAGAAAAGAAAAAUGAUAAAGUAGAAGAUGAGUAUGAAGAGGGAUUGUGCUGAUCAAUUAAAUAUUUUAUCAUAUAAAUAAUAAAAUUCAUUAAUAGUUGUUAUUGGAAUGCAUUAUUUUUCAAUUGUUUGACUGAAUAUUUUAUCGUAUACAUCAGAAAUAUAAAAUAUAUAAUAAUGUUGACAAACGAUAAAAAGAUAAUUUAAAAAGAAAUAUUUUUAAGACUGUUGUUGAUGACAGCUUAUCGUAAUUAUAUUUAAAGACAUUUAUUCCGUAUAUUAAAAAUAUCGAUACAUCAUUGGACCUAUUGAAAAUAGUAAAUUCAUUUGAUAGUAUUUUUUGUCUAAUAAUAAAACAUAAAAACCGAUAAAAUUAUACUUCAAGUAGAGAAUUAAUUCUAAUUAAAAAUAAAGAUCAUUCAAUCUUAAUAAUUAUAAUUUAAAAAAUUUAUCGUAUGGAAUUGUAUUAUAGGUAAUGCUUUUAUGAACUUUGUGCUUUCAUUAUCUUCCUGAUCUCAUUAGAUUCUUAACUUAAGAAUAAUGGACUAUUGUAAAGAUACUCACAUUUACAUUAAUUAUUAUGAAACAAAGUAUUCUGCAAGUUAUAAUGGACGCUUGAUACAUUAUACACAUUAAAUAAAAUUAAUAUAUUACUUA